UUGAGCUCCGUCCGCCUUCUCCGCAUUCCCCAAUCGAUCUCGAUUCCUCCCCGCCCGAUCGCUGCUCUCCUCUCCUCCUCUUCUUUUAGUCUUCGAUCCUAGGGUUCGAUCGGCUGAGCUUCGUCUUAGAAUGGUGCAGCAGGCUUCGACGGGAAUGAGGCCGAAGACCAAGAUAGUGUGCACCUUGGGCCCCGCGUCGAGGUCCGUGGAGAUGCUCGAAAGGCUUCUGAAGGCGGGGAUGAACGUGGCCAGGUUCAACUUCUCCCACGGAUCCCACGCCUACCACCAGGAAACCUUAGACAACCUCCGCGCCGCGAUGGAGAACACCGGGAUCCUCUGUGCCGUCAUGCUCGACACGAAGGGUCCAGAGAUCCGGACUGGAUUUUUGGAAGAUGGCAAGCCUAUCCAACUAAAAAAGGGUCAAGAAAUCACAGUCACCACGGAUUACACAAUAAAGGGCAACGAGAACAUGAUAUCUAUGAGCUACAAGAAGUUGGCUGAGGAUUUGAAGCCAGACAGUGUGAUACUAUGUGCCGAUGGAACUAUCACGCUCACAGUUCUUUCCUGUAAUAAGGAGUCGGGGCUGGUAUGCUGUCGCUGUGAGAAUUCUGCAUUGCUCGGAGAGAGAAAAAAUGUAAAUCUUCCUGGUGUUAUCGUGGACCUUCCUACACUAACUGAGAAGGACAAGGAGGAUAUCCUAAGAUGGGGCGUCCCAAACAAAAUUGAUAUGAUCGCUUUGUCCUUUGUACGCAAGGGUUCUGACCUUGUGGAGGUCAGAAAGGUUCUUGGUGCACAUGCCAAGUCAAUCAUGCUGAUGUCCAAGGUGGAGAAUCAAGAAGGGGUGGCCAACUUUGACGAUAUUCUUGCCAACUCAGAUGCAUUCAUGGUUGCACGGGGAGACUUGGGGAUGGAAAUUCCUAUCCAGAAGAUAUUCUAUGCCCAGAAGGUGAUGAUUUUCAAGUGCAAUAUACAAGGAAAACCCGUUGUGACAGCAACUCAGAUGUUGGAAUCAAUGAUCAAGGCCCCUCGCCCCACUCGAGCGGAAGCAACUGAUGUUGCCAAUGCAGUUCUCGAUGGCACAGACUGUGUGAUGCUCAGCGGUGAAACAGCUGCAGGUGCUUACCCGGAGCUAGCAGUUCAGACAAUGGCUAAAAUUUGCUUGGAGGCAGAAUCAUAUCUGGAUUAUGGAUCUGUUUUUAAGGGAAUCACGGCAGCAGCACCAGUUCCUAUGAGCCCAUUGGAGAGCCUUGCAUCAUCAGCUGUCCGAACUGCUAACUCGGCUAAGGCAUCUCUCAUCUUGGUCCUGACCAGAGGAGGGAGCACAGCGAAACUCGUAGCAAAGUACAGGCCAGCAAUUCCAAUACUAUCAGUAGUGGUUCCUGAGCUGAGGACAGACUCUUUUGACUGGUUCUGCAGUGAUGAGGCUCCUGCGAGGCACAGCCUUAUAUUUAGAGGGUUGAUUCCGGUACUCAGCUCUGCAACUGCAAAGGCUUCAGACACGGAGUCCACAGACGAAGCUAUUGAAUCUGCAAUUGAUCACGCUAAGUCAUUAGGACUCUGCAAGUCUGGAGAAUCAGUCGUGGCACUGCAUCGAAUUGGAGUUGCUUCCAUAAUCAAGAUUUUAACAGUCAACUGAUUAAAUGACGAUAGCUGAAAAAUCUUCAGGGGACAAUUCAAUUUACUUCUUGCCAUGACAAAUUUAUCGACUAGUCGUUAUAAGUUCCUAUUUGAACUUUCCAGGUCUGCUCUUUAACAAUGCCUAGUCACUGAAUCUGUAGGUUAUUUACUUUUGAGGAAUGUGUUUAUUGAAGUUUUGUGUCUUGAUUCUGAACUCACCUCUCUUCAGGAGGGACUUCUUGAAUACUUUGUUGUUUUGGUCUUGUUAUAAGUAUGUUGUUAUUCAUCUUUAUAAUGCA